GAAACGUGAUAAUUGUAUUGUUUUAUAUUUGUAUUGUAUUGUUUCCCUUCUACGUGACUUUACCGAAAGAACCAAGAAUAUAACACACGUAUUGUAACAUCAACGCGUUAACACAAAGGGGUAAGUGCCCCUUUACCAGAUACAGCCUCGGGUGGUGACUACCCAGCUAACUACCCUAUAUGUAGGAGUUACAGCUCCGAAGGCUCUGACCCUCACUCGGGUCCCGGCCACGUGUUGAUGCCUGUAGAGCUUCAGCUUGUCGAAUGCAGGGACCCACCUGAUAUUCUCACGGGUUGGGGCCACUCCGCCCUUGGCCCCGCCCACCUUCUCGAGCGUUCCAGCUCCCUCUCGAUCGCCCCGCCCCGAGAGCUCUCCCUGGACACGUGAUCACCCCCUAGCCCCCUCACCUGGGGCCCACUCUGUGGACACUCCGGAUCACGUGUCUACGGGGUCAACCAGAGUGCCAUGGCCCGGGGCAACCCUGGGCCGACACUCUCCCACUCCCCCAUGUGGAGGGGCCCGCACUGCACGCUGUGCGUGCUGCCCGCGCUAACCCAGCGCUCACCAAAGCCCCGCUAGGGCUGGUACUACACCUGCCGUGCUAUAGUACAGCCGGCAUCACACAGCAACACGCACGAUGCUGUCCGCGACGUAGGAACAUGGCACAGUGACAUCCCCUAUGUCACUACAUAAUCGUUGAGGUAAUGCAUAUCUUCAUUUUUCUGUAUUCUUUAAUACAAUUAUCAGAAUGUUUACUGUCACUGGAUGAGCCUUGGUGACAAGCCCGUCUCCUUACCUGACAUCCUCAUUCGCUAUGUUUUAUUCCACUGUUGGAUGAAGGCAUCCAUAUUUUGUAACCAUCCCUUAUGGUCCUCUGAUGCCACAAUCCAUCUUUCUGCUGUAGAUAAUGCUCUCAACACUCUCCAUGUCGUUUAACCUCUCAGGAGUGAGUGUUCCUUUGGCUUCCAUCCCAUCAUCAAUUGUGGUGAAUAAAUGUUUAUAAUUUGCUUUGGUUCCCUGAUGCAUGUAUUGUCACUUUAUCAUGUUAAUUCAAAGCAUGCAUCUCUCAAUCGGCAUUACGUUUGUAUGUUAAGCAAACAUGGCCUGCAAUGCAAAGUGGUUGGACUACCACCCCUAUUGUCGGACGUGUUUUGUGUGCUUAUUGUGCCAAGAUAAGCGUAAAGUACAGAUUUGGCUAACUCUUGUUAUUGUCCCGGCGAACUGCUAACGUUAAAAAAACCUCACACAGACAAAAGCCCUCUCUGCAUGACACAUCAAACCCGCGUUUGCUUUUGGAUGCUCACAACCAAAAAGGCAGAGCUUUCCAGGCGGGAUUAGGCGUGGGAUUUGACGACUGACUGGGAAAGCAGUAACGCGAAUAAACACCGAUCCAGUGUGAAUCGUGUGGGUGGGAGGACACAUUGCAUAAUAACACGCAUCAUUGGAAGGGCCGUCCGUUCCCGCUUGCCACACGACCUAACUAACGCCCCUUAGCUGAUGCCGUGUGAGUUGCUUGGCUGCGCGGACAAUUCACGCAAGCAGCCUUCUUCGGCUCGACCACACAAAGGUAAUUGGACUGCAAUACCCUUCAAGCGCCCAAGAGACUAACACCAGUGAAUUCGUUAAACCACCUUCGCAGCUCACGAGAGGUGACGCGUAGCCCACGGCAUGCUGGCUGUACUCGUACUGCCAGUACUGGUGCUGGGUUGGACCAUGGCGGAUGCUUCUGAUGCCAAGGUGGACGCUGCCGAGAAGCCAUGGUUCUGUCAUGAUUUGGAUUGUCCUACAUUCACUCUGGUGGCUGAGCAUGAAGGCUUCCAGGAGAGGGCGUAUGAGGCCACCCGAUGGGUGAUGACCAGAGUGGAGGGCAAGCCGUACGAGCGAGCGGUUGUCGAUGGGUUCAUGAUUCUCUUCCGUUACAUCGGUGGCUACAACAGAGGAGGCGUGCGCGUGCCCAUGACGGCGCCCGUGCUGUGCCACGUGACGCCAAAAGGCGCGAGGGCGGAGCACAACCUCACCGUGUCCUUCUUCGUGCCGCCGGGCUCCGGGGAGCCACCAGCGCCCUCCGACCCCCGCGUCGAAUUCACCUCCCUGCCUGCGAUGACGGCAUUCGUCAGCUCCUUUGAUGGCUAUGCAAUGGAGAGGGACUGGCUGCAUCAAUCCCAGCUGCUGGCGAAAGCCUUGGACGAUGCCAAGCUUCCGUACCAGCUUGGCUCGUUCCACUCUGCGGGCUACGAUCCGCCGUUCCGCCCAAUUAACCGUCACAAUGAGGUUUGGAUCAUGAAAGCUGAGUGAGGGGCGAGGCACCGCUUUGUAGAAACCCCCCUGUGGGGUGGUGUGCCACUUACUCGCUGGGUGAUCGUCUCACAUCGCACUACCUUACACUAACAUUUCUGCCUCUCGACCCCCAGUCCUCUUGGUAUCCUCAAAAGUUCAGCCUUUCAUUUUUAGCUACGUUUAAAUUGCAGACCCGCACCUCCGAUUAGCACGGUUGGCUACGCACGGUGCGAAAGAAGUUCAACAUGCAUUCAUACGUACGUACAGACCAAGCACUAUGAAUUCGGAAGUUAUAUGCAGUAAAUGUAUGUAGAUAUAUUGAACUUCUUUCGCACUGUACGUAGCCAACCGCGCUAAUCGGAAGCUGCGGGGGGAAGGACAACAGACUAAACAAAAAAAGCAGUUCUAAAGAAAUGAGUUUUCAAUCUAGAUUUAGAAGUGCAUAGCUCCGGUGGCUUCCUAAUAUCGGAAGGAAAAACAUUCCAGACGGCCGCAAAAGCGCGCAAUGCCCCAUCUUUAUUCGAUGGCAAGCCAAAAUCCGCUGCAAAUACGUCUGCAUUUGGUCUACUGUGGUUUUCUUCAGUUAUACCCAGACGCAGUGGGCCAUUAAAUGUUGGUGGAGAUGGGAACCACUAGUGUAAUAUUAAUAAUAAAAAUUUAAACCUUUAACACUUUUGACCUGCUCAUUAUAAAGAUUAUAAACUGCAUAACCACGCGUGCUUCUCUUCCACCCUCAUUCCCCAUUCUGCCUCCCACCCCCUCCUCAACCCCCACAGAUUUCUGUGCCCUACCAACAUAUUUAUCCCCUGGCUGCCACUAAUUAUAACCCGAUUUGUGUGAUCUCAGUGGAUCGUGAAACCCAUCGCAGAUUCUAGAAGUUGUGUCAUGAGGAUAAGUGGGUGCUGUGAGAGACACGCAACACAACCGCUGAUUUUUUCGCUUUAAAAGGGCUCCCUCGCCAUAACCAGAAGGCGACAUUGCCUUCACUGUGCAAUUUAAUAGCUCGUUUCUUAUCUUUGAACGAUUUCAUAUAAUAUUUACAUCUGGGAUAAACUCAGAUGCAGAAUCAAAUUACCAAGGCUUCAUGUGAUGAUUCAUUCACCAGAUCAGGCUGACUCAUCACACUCUGUAGCCGUGAGACGUCUAUUUUUUUAAAUCUCAUGCUCACCUGGGGUUUACAUAUUUUGGCUCUGAUUGAAUGCUCAGAUGUAGCUGUUGUGAGUUCUCUGAUGUUGUGAGGCAUUUUUUUCCCACGGGUAGACAUUUGUUCGACGUGAAAAUAUAAACUUUUGGUGGAAGUUGCGGUGACUCUAAUUGAGAAAUAUUUGACGUUGUGUAAAACAUUAUCAUUGAACUCUGUCUCAAUUCAAGGCAUAUUGUUAGUUUUAGGUGUAUGUUUUUUAUAUUCUUAGUUUUUUCGGUAAAGUCACGUUGAAGAGAAACAACAAAAUAACAAAAUAUA